AUGGAGAAUGCACCUGAACCCACACAUGAGACUAAGUUGCGCCAACAGUCAGAAGAGAUCAAAAUGGAUGCUGAGAACACCAAAGCAUUUUUCCGUGGAAAGCUUGCUCUGAGGUCCCCGAGACGAGCUAGUAUCGCCGUGAUUGGUGCAGGAGCUAGCGCCUUGUCCUUUGCGAGGGAGGUCGAGGAGGGCCGUCUAAGCAACAUCGAGAUGAUAAUCUUUGAGAAGAAUGCAGGAGUGGGGGGUACUUGGUGGGAAAACCGAUACCCUGGAUGCGCCUGCGAUAUACCUUCGCACAACUACCAGUAUACAUGGGCACCGAAUCCCAACUGGUCGCAAUACUACUCUGGAUCCACAGAAAUACGUCACUAUUUUGAGAGAGUCGUUGAAAAAUAUGGAUUGAAUAAGUAUAUCAAGUUAAGACAUGAAGUAAUUGAGUCGAAGUGGUUAGAGCAGCAACGACAGUGGAGCAUCACCGUCAAGACAAACUCAACUGAUACUAUAACAGUUGUUGUCGAUUUUCUCAUCAAUGGUGGCGGAAUUGUCAACAAAUGGAAAUGGCCAAAUAUACCCGGGCUAUCUUCUUAUAAGGGGACCAUUAUGCACUCGGCACAUUGGGAUGAGAAGCGUGACGUGAACGACAAGAGCGUGGUUGUCAUCGGCAACGGCUCUAGCGGUGUACAGAUCACGGCAUCCCUUGCCAAGGUUGUUCGAACCAUGACCGUUGUCAUGCGCUCUCCAACUUGGAUAACGCCUGGAUUUGCAUCCUCGUUUGCUGGCCCUGGUGGGACUAAUUUCCAAUACUCUGAAAUACAGAAAGAGGAAUUCAGGAGAAACCCUGAGAAAUAUCUGGCCUACCGAAAGAGCAUUGAGGAAGAGCUUAACAAGAGGCAAAACUUCUUCAUCAAGGGAUCCCUAGAGCAAGUCCUAGCCAAGCGUUUCUCGCAAGAAAUGAUGAAUAAUGGUCUUGCAACAAAGCCUGAGCUUGCCAAGAAAAUGAUACCUUCGUUUGAUGUUGGAUGCAGACGGCCAACGCCUGGCAUUGGCUACCUGGAAGCCCUUUCCCAGAAGAAUGUGGAUGUUUCAUGGGGAACGCCUCAGCGUCUGACUCAGUCAUCUAUUGUCCUGCACGAUGGCACAGAGAUUCGGCCCGACGCUAUUAUCUGCGCAACCGGAUUCGAUAUUUCAUACAAGCCCCGGUUCCCUAUUAUCGGACGAAAUGGACUGAGGCUCGACGAGUACUGGUCUCCAGACGCGAAGGCCUACAUGAGCUUCGCCGUCCCUAACUUCCCUAAUUACCUUCACUACUUAGGCCCUGCAACUGCAGCCUCGCACGGCUCCCUUAUACCAGUGAUUGAGCAAUUGACAAAUUACUUUGUCAAAAUUAUUGACAAGACCCAAAGAGAGGGCUAUUCCAGCUUUGAGCCACGCCAAGAAUGUGUACAAGAUCUUGACCGGCACCAUCAAGAAUACCUACAACACACGGUUUGGUCGUCAGAUUGCGCGUCCACGUUCAAGAACGGUACCAAAGACGGCAGGAUCAAUCUUCUGCACGGCGGAAGUCGCCUUCACUAUCUGGAAAUGCUAAGAAAUCCGAGGUGGGAGGACUAUGUGUGGACUUUGCUGCCUGGCGUAAGGCUUUACGAUUUCUUUGGCAAUGGGAGAUCUUUGAGCCAGGAUGAGGGAGGAGAUUUGACCUGGUAUCUUGAAAAUCCCUCGAUGGCUCAUCUGUAG